AUGAUACAAACAGAUGACUGUGAGGUACAACAGGAAGCAGUGGAAUUGAAGAACGACCGAACGCUUCUAGUUAAGUUUAAUGAGGUCACGCUAGACAGCUUUUGGGUGGCUCUUAACAAUGAAUACCCUCGAUUAUCGAAAAAGGCUAUUGAAGUGCUCCUUCAGUUUUCUACGUCUUGGUUAUGUGAGCAUGGCUUUAGUGCACUAACAAAUAUAAAAACAAAAAAACGCAACAGACUCACAAAAACAACUAUAGAAGACGAUAUGAGACUCGCUCUUUCCACCAUCAACCCUAGGAUUCCAUAA